CAUAACUCCAAAAAAGAGUGGGACUUGUUUCAAGAUUUUUCUAGAAACAAGUGUCUUGAAACAAGACAGGAGGUGGCAGAUGAAGAAAAUUAGGCUUGUUUCAUUUCAUAAAGAGGCAGUUGAUUUUAUAUAAUACUUGAUUUGGGAAAUUGAUUUUUAAAAAAUGAAUAAAUUAAAAAAAAAAACGUGAGAAACAUUCGCAUCCAGUAGUGAUAUUUCACCCAAACUUAAAGAGCCUUUAUAAACCUUGACAACAUCUUUGGAAGCUCGCAGGUUAACUGUCUUAUAUCCACUAACCACCCUCUCUGUUCUUGUUCAGGGUGCUGAGACUCUGCGAGGAGCGGUGACAGGAGACCGGCCAGAGAAAAGGAUUUUGGCCGCGCAAACACGAGGAGGAGGCGCCUCUCGCGUUGAAGCAGCGCCGCUUUUAGAUGGAUUCUUCAUGUUUGCUUCAGCCUCACAGGGGACAGCCUGCUCUCAAGAGUUGCACGCUGUGACAAUCAGGCGAAAAACAUGACACAUUGCAGCGUAUGGAUAGCCAAAAACAUGACCUGCACCCAGCGUGGGACAAGCGUCUUUCCUGUCCUCUCUGGUGCGCACUUGGAGCAGAGUGUGCACAGGACAGCUGGUGGGACCCGAUGGAGGGUUUGGAGGAAGGAUAGAAAAGAGAUAACUUCUGUAAUGUCAGCAAAGGCCAAGGUGCUGCUGUGGGUGCUCCUGUCUCUGUUGCCUCUGGCGGAAGGAGCUCAUAUGAAAGCUGGCACUGGUGUAGCUGGUGUGGGAGCAGACUCGGGCCCUGCUGUGGGCCUGCUGGGAGGCCAGGACGAGCGAGAGCUUCCUGUGACACUGCCAGAGUUGGUGGGGGACGAGGAGCAGAAAGAUGACAGUGACCCUUACUCUACUUGGCAUGCUCUAUAUGACCCCUUUGUAAUGGAUGAGGUGGACGACCAUCCCAGUAGUCGCUGGGUGGGGCGUUCUCCACGCUCCUCUGACCCCUCAGAACCUCAACCCAAGGGAUCACCAAAGAAAAAGAAGAAAAGGAAGAAGAAAGAAAAGGAGGAAGAGGAAGAGACAGGAACUGGAGACAGAAAGGGUAAAGGUAAUAAACAGCCGAAGCAGAGCAGCAGGGACUGCCGUGUGGAGAAGAGAGAGAUGAAGGUUCGGGACCUAGGACUGGGUUUUGACUCAGAUGAGAUUGUCCUCUUCAAGUUUUGCGUGGGCUCCUGUCAGUCUUCACGAACAAACUACGACCUGGCACUCAAAGCCCUGCUGGAGAACGGCUCGCUGCCCCGGCGUACCACCCGCAAGGUCAGCAGCCACCCCUGCUGCCGGCCCGACCGGUAUGAGCCAGUUUCCUUCAUGGAUGCUCAGACCACGUGGAGGACCAUCCAGUCGUUAUCUGCUGCCAGCUGCAUGUGUAUUGGCUGAAGAAAUGAACAAGGGAGAGGGGGACAAAAAGGGAAAGGUCAGCUGUUGUCCGUCUUGAACAGAAAGGAGGCUCAGUGUGGAUGCUACAGUAUGUGCGAGAAAGCUGGGGUGCAUGGAAGAGCCAGAGAGGGUGCGCUGUAACACACACAGAGCAGAGGAAGUGAUGGAGACCACUUGUUCACUUCCUGUUAAGGAGGAAGAGGUCUGGGUGCAGCUGAACAACUGAGGGCAAAGGUCAAAAUCAGAGACUGAGGGGGAGGUCGUCAGGGAAUCACAGUCUGGAUUUAUUGUUUGCAUCUUCAAAGAGUGAAUUGUUUUCAACUGGUACCCAAAGCAGUAUACCCCAGACCGGUUAUUACUCAUAAAAUAGACUCUUUAUGUGAACAAGACUGUUUUGAUUUGGGUGAGACCCGAAGGCUGAAGCUCAAGAGACAUAAAGAAAAGACACAGUUAAAGGACUGACACUGUGUUUAUAUUCUGACUCAGACUAAAAAAACUAAAAAAAUGAGACUGAUACAAUGUUCACUAUUAUUCACAGUGAAGACAGCUCCUCCCAGAAGUUCAAUAUCUUUUUUUUUUCCACACAAAAACAGGGACAUUACAUUUUCUAUGUUCAGGUGAACUCAGCCAAAUGGAUGCCAUGCAUCUUCAUGUAUUACUGUAUAAAAGUAAAAAUAUAUUUAUUUCUGAUAAAUUAUUUAUUUAUUAUAGCUUCAUAUGAGAGCUGUUUUUACGAACUCUAUAUUGUAGAUGAAUAUCUAUUUAUUGCCAAGAUUUAGAUUUCAUGUUGACAGUUAUUCUGCUCCCGUACAUUGUUUAUAAAGGUGCUGAUUUUCUUUUUCCGAGCUGUCAAAUGCCUCAUAAACCUGGAUUGAACAGCUGAUUCUGAGUGGAACGAGACUGGAUGCCAUUUAUAUUUCUGAAAUGUGAAAACAAAAACACUAUGCCAAAGCUUAAAAACACUUUCUCACAUUUCACCCCAGACAGACAUUUAUUAAAAAACAUAAAUAACAGAUUUCAGAAACAAAUUGACCCACAGUGAAAUGAUGUGGUGUACUUACAAAUACAUCUGCUUAAGCGUACCUCACACAUUUGAGUCUGACAGCUGAUCUCUAUUGUUGUGGCUGAUACUGAGUCAUUUUAUCAUCUUUUCUGAACUAUAAUGGAAACAGAAAAUCAGUUUUAUGUGUCCAGAAUGUAUCUACAGCAAACAACUGAAACAUUUAUACUACAGGACCUCAACAUUUCUCAUCUUAAAGUGGUUGAGUAAUUCAG